GUGAAAAAUGGCUGAGAAAGAUGAUGAUAGUAUAGGUUUGAGUUUGAGUUUGAGCUUGAAACCUCCACAGAAUCUGCCUCCACCUUUCCCUUCGAAUCUCAUGCACUCAUUACCUUUACCUUUCCACAACAAUCAACAUCAUCAUCACAAGUCUCCUCUCAGUGACGCUUUUCGAUCGAUUUCUGAUCGUAAUGCUGAAACGAGAUCAUUCCUUCGAGGAAUCGAUGUGAAUCAACCGGCGAUACUGGCGGACGGCGACGAAGAAGUGGCAGCAGUUUCGUCUCCGAACAGCACAGUAUCGAGCAUAAGCGGAAAGAGAAGCGAGCGAGAAGAGAACGAAGGCGAGAGGGCUUCGACUACGCCGGAUGAUGAAGGCGGCGAAGAGACGAGGAAGAAGAUGAGGUUGACGAAGGAACAGGCGGCAGUUCUUGAAGAGACAUUCAAGGAACACAGCUCACUCAAUCCGAAGCAAAAGGUGGCUCUGGCGAAACAGCUGAAUCUGAGGCCUAGGCAAGUUGAAGUGUGGUUUCAGAACAGAAGGGCAAGGACAAAGUUGAAGCAGACGGAGCUGGACUGCGACUACUUAAAGAGCUGCUGUGAGAAUCUAACGGAGGAGAACAGGCGGUUGCAAAAGGAGGUAAAUGAGCUUAGAGCAUUGAAACUUUCUCCACAGUUUUAUAUGAACAUGAACCCUCCCACCACCCUCACCAUGUGCCCUCAAUGUGAGCGUGUGGCCGUCUCCUCCUCAUCAUCCUCUGCUGUCGGCUCUUCAGAACUCGCUACAACCGGUGUUGGUAUUGCCCGCACUGCCAAUCAAAAAUCGAUGUCUGUCAAUCCCUGGCCCACAAUCAUCCCCCAUCGUUUCAAAACAACCGAUUGAUGGUAAAUAUAGGUAUCUUGAAAUUGAUCACUAAAAAGAAAUGAUUGCUAAUGUGUUGAUAUGAGGUAAGUAAAGAUUAUGAUCCACUCCAAUGCUAGAUUCUUUUGAUCUCAUCAAAUAUCAUAUCACCUGUGUUGUAUUAAUGAGAACCCCUUUUGAAUCGUGGAUUUCAUUUGAAGACGCGAUUUGGUGAUCUUAUAUUGAGAAACGUUGGAAGAAUCUAAUAUUGGAGUAGAUCUGAAUCCAACGAGCCCGAGAAAAAGUAGAAGGUUCUAUUGGGAUGGCAGUGGCUAAAGCUAUGAUUAAAGAUGGGUUGUCUAGUAGAGGAUCUUGUUCAUGAAUUGUUAAUUAGAUGACUCAAUGAUCACAGAGUAGAGAAUCUGAAUCCUCAUUUGUUUAUUAAUUGAUGAAUGAUUGUGUUAGCUAAAGUGGAAUUUAAGUGCAGGAGAGAAAGGGGGACAAUGUUGGUUUGUUUG